AUGGCAAAGAUGCUCCUAGCUCUAGCCGCUCUCCUCGCAGCAACGACAGCCACAUCCGCAGCCUGCACCAACCCCUCAAUCCGCAAACCAUGGACCGCCCUUACCGAAGACGAGAAGGCAGGCUACGUGAACUCGACGCUCUGUCUAAUGGACCCGACCCAAGCGCCAGCUAAAGUCCGAAGCUGGGGCGCGACGAGCCGCUGGGAGGAGUUGGUUGUUGCGCAUAUUGCGCAGGGUGCCUUGUUUCCCUGGCAUCGAUGGUACACCAAGAUCCACGAAGACCUCCUCCGUAACGAGUGCGGAUACACCGGUCCAUACCCCUACUGGGACCUACAAGCAGACCAAGCCCUCUAUUCAAUCCAAAACGCCACCGUCUGGGACACCGCAUCCUCCGUCAAAGCCUUCGGCACAGGCAGAAUCGACGCGGCCACAAACUGUAUCCUCGAUGGUGCUUUCGUGAACUACCGAGUCCGCUUCAACACGCAGCUCGAACGAGACGAGACGAAAGGAGGCGGCGUCUGCCUCACCCGCGCCCUGAACCAGACGGCCUUCGAUACCGUUUCCCAAGCGAAUGUCGUGGAGCCGUGUAUGGCGCUUGAGAGGGGUGAUGAUUACGGCGAGAUGUUGGGGUGUCUUGGGAAUACGCCGCAUAGUGGUGGGCAUUUAGGCGUCGGUGGCAUCAUGCGCGACCACGCCCGCUCCCCCGCCGAUCCAAUCUUCUACCUCCACCACACGAAUUUCGAUCGCCUCUGGUGGGAGUGGCAGACUUCCUCCCCCGGCAGAAUCCACGCGAUGGGCGGCCCCAAUGUCGCGGCGAACCAGAUCUUUCUCGACGCGCAGCCAAAGAUCUUGCCAGAGGACAUGUUCCUCCCGUACUUUGGAGACGGAGGCGGCAAUGUGACGACUCUGGAGCAUGUUCUGUGGAUGCCUGGAUUGGCUGAGAAUAUCACUAUCAGAGACACGAUGGACGUCCGCGGGGAGAAGAUGUGUUUUGACUACGUUUGA